CAAAAGGGUAUUUCCUUCUUUUCUUUAAAUCUUUCAACGAGAACCCUUGAUCACUCUCAGGGCCAAGCAGAAACAAACGACCCUCCAAUCCAUUCAAUUUAUCAUCCUUCAUCCAUCAUCUUCUUCCAAAAGCUGCAAAAAAGACUCUUACUUUCUUCCAUUGAUUGCUUCAUCAUUGAUGGCGUCCCCGCCGGACACCAGCAAAACCACCAAGCUCGAGCGAUACAACACCUACAUACGCAAAGUCAACACCUCCAAGCUCUUAGCUGCCUCCUCUAAGCUUCUCUUUCGUCUCACACUUUUAGUCGCUCUCGUUCUCAUCUUCUUCUUCACCCUCAACUACCCUCCACUCUCCGAUUCCACCACCACCGCCGCCUCCAACCACCGCGUACUCACCACCUCCCACCUCCUCUCCUCUGCUUUCUACGGUAGCGGCGCGUCCUGGGAAAAGCAAGUUCGCCGCUCAUCCACCCCACAUAGGCCAAAUGGAUUCUCUGUGCUCGUCACCGGCGCCGGAGGAUUCGUCGGAACUCACUGCUCCCUGGCGUUGAAGAAACGUGGAGACGGUGUUGUGGGUCUUGAUAACUUUAAUUCUUAUUAUGAUCCGUCGUUGAAACGAGCAAGACAGGAGGUUUUGAAGCAACAUGAUAUUUUUAUCGUCGAAGGUGAUUUGAACGACGGCGAGUUGUUAGCGAAGCUUUUCGACAUUGCGCCGUUUAGUCAUAUUCUUCAUCUGGCGGCGCAGGCGGGUGUUCGUUACGCUAUGCAAAAUCCUCAGUCAUACGUUAAAUCCAACAUUGCUGGAUUCGUGAAUCUCCUCGAAAUCGCGAAAAACGCCGAUCCACAGCCGUCGAUCGUUUGGGCGUCGUCGAGCUCGGUGUACGGACUCAACACCGAAAACCCAUUCUCGGAAUCUCACCGGACUGACCAACCGGCGAGUCUUUACGCCGCCACGAAAAAAGCCGGCGAAGAGAUUGCGCAUACUUACAACCAUAUCUACGGGCUUUCCAUCACCGGACUCCGUUUCUUCACCGUCUACGGCCCGUGGGGGCGGCCGGAUAUGGCUUAUUUCUUCUUCACGAAAGACAUCCUUCAAGGGAAACCGAUCAACGUUUACCAGACGCACGACGAGAAGGAGGUGGCGCGUGACUUCACGUAUAUUGAUGACAUCGUGAAAGGGUGCUUGGGAGCGUUGGACACGGCGGAGAAGAGUACCGGAAAAGGUGGGAAGAAGAGAGGGCCGGCGCAGUUGAGGAUAUAUAACCUGGGGAAUACGUCGCCAGUGUCGGUGGGAAAACUGGUGUCGAUAUUAGAGAGUUUAUUGAACGUGAAGGCUAAGAAGCACGUGAUCAAGAUGCCUCGAAACGGUGACGUUCCGUAUACUCAUGCUAACGUGAGCCUGGCGUUCAGAGACUUCGGUUACAAGCCGACCACCGACUUAUCGACUGGCUUGAGAAAAUUCGUCAAAUGGUACGUUAGUUAUUACGGGAUCAAACCAAGGGUAAAAAUGGGAAUUACAGGUGCCAAUUGAUCAUAUUAUUAAACUUUCAUUUUCCCUUCCAAAGUUCUUCUUUUUUUCAAAAUUACCCUUAAUUUAUAGUUUUCCAUUCAAAUACAAUCCGUUAAUGUUUCGACUUUGAGGGGAGACUUAAGAAGCAAUAUUGAGGUCGGCUCUACGGACUAUGACUACAAAGUUUACAUCGUUGAAGAAUCAACUCGGAAAGGAGCUCUCCAAAUGAUAAUUACAAGUUUAUAUUAACCAAGGAUCAACAUUCGAAAAUAAUAAUAAGGAUUUUCGAUAUUGGUAUAUGGUAUUUCAUAUAAUAUAUGUAUACAUGAAAAAGAUCAUAAUGAUAAGAAAGAGGAAGAAGUGUAGAUCUCAAGAAUGGAGGGAUUAGAUUUGUAAUAAUGUUGUGCUAAAUGUAAAUUUGAAGAUAAAUUGAUUUUGUGCCCAAAGCAAGGAAGGGUAAAUUUCAAGUGUGCA